AUGAAAUAUGGGGCUACUGAAUUCAAGGGCACUGUAGAUCCGCUUGAGGCAGAACAAUGGUUGGAAAGGAUGGACAGAGUCUUCAAGAAGCUACAGUGUACGGAUGCUUUAAAAUUUGAAUAUGCUGUGUCAUUGCUUCAAGGGGAUGCUUAUGAAUGGUGGAAGACUAUCCCGAACAGUCUAAUGGAGCCUCCUGUUCUGACAUGGGGUGACUUUCUUAGGGAGUUCAGGCAGAAGUAUGUCCUGGAUACUUAUUUUGACAUGAAGCUUCAAGAAUUUUUGAGCUUAAGACAGGGAGAUAGAAUAAUAGCUGAAUAUGAAAGAGAACUCUCCCGGUUGAGUCAUUCUUGCUUAAUACCAGCAGAGAUAAAUGUAAGCGGUUUGAGGCCAAGCAUCAAAAUGCAAGUGGUGGGUUUCAGGUAUACAAACUUCUCAUAUUUGAUUUCACAAGCUCUCAAGCUGGAGAGAGUAGAACUAGAAGUGACAACUAAGAACGGAGUGAAAGAGAAAGAAAAGAAUGUGAAGACUACUUAUUAG